AGAAACUAUUGUCUUUUCUAACUUUAAUAAAGUGUUUCUUUUUAGUGAGAAGAUCAACUCAGGAAGAAUAAACAAAAGGGUAUAAAUAGUGGCAUAGAUCAUAGCUCAAGGCUGUAGGAAAGAAUACAAGAGAAUAAGAUCAAGUUUCUCUGCAUGGGAGUUCUUGAAAAAACAGCAAAAAUGGGAACCAAGAAAAUGAUAUUAAUGCUCCUUUUGGCUUUCUACUUUUCAUGUGGUUUAUAUCUGGCCAAGAUUUUGCCUUCUGAUAACAAAGAAGCAGUAGUAGAAGAACAAGUUAAUAAUCAUAAUGUUGAUGAAAAGAUAGAAAUAGAUGUUAACAGCAAAUAUGGCCAUGCUGAAGCUCAUUUUGGUGGUAAAGGAGGAAAUGGAGGGGAAGAAUCUCGAUCUCCUUCGAAUCAAGGAUCGUCGAAUGUCAUACCAAUUUAUGCUGCAAACGCGCACCACAAUCACCAUCGUAGUGCUGCAAACUGCCACAGAAACCACAAUGAAUAUUUAGCCUUCUUCGCUGCAAUGUUCUUCGCUUGCAUUGUACUUAAAUACCCUGUGUUUAUUGCGUAAAAAGAGAGUACAACGAAGUCAUUCUGAAUCCCUGACUCCUCUUUUUCUAAGCCUUUGACAUGUUUGACAUUGGGUUAAAUCGGUUGUCUGGUUUCGUCCCUUCUCUUGAUCUACUUAGGUUACGACUGUGUUUUGUUAUAUAUAGGAAUAGGUUGAAAACCAUGUGAUAUGUCUAGUGAUUAUUGUGUACUCUGUUUGUUUCGGUUUUGAUUAGCUGUGGAUGUAUUAGGAUGUUAAUUUAUGUCUUUUGUUUCCACUUUUUCUACUAAACUUCCUCUGUAUAACUUGUUGAUUGGACAAACUUUAUAAUUCUGUAUUCAGGAUUUUAUCAGCUUA